AUGGCAACUCGACCCGGAUCACCGCAGCUCAACGCGACGCACAAUGUCAAACGGCGCAAGAUCAGAAAAGGAACACAAAGCUGUUGGGAAUGCAAGCGGCGGAAGAUGCGCUGCACUUUUGGCACUCCCGGCACUCCCGGCACUCCUGGCACUCCUGGCACUCCUGGCACCGUCUGUGUUGCCUGCCAGCGCCGGGGGAGUGCCUGUGUGAGUCAGGAUCUUCCCGAGGAGCCUGCUGGGGUAUCCGUGGCUGCCAGGCUGAGCCAGGUGGAGGCAUCAAUCGAGGCCCUCACCAAGGUCGUGUCGCCCGUCGCGACUCCAGAUGCGGCCCCAACAUGCCAGCCUGCACGUGCAAGCACAACACAGUCGACAAUAGAUGCUGCCGAUGAAGAACCGUCUGAGCCCGUUCCCGAGCUUACAAAGUUGUCACGGCGGCUUGUGGCAGCUUGGCCCACCGGGGAUGUCCUCGCAGCAAUCUUGGCUCUCCCGGUCUCGUCAGGCCCGCUACUCCCCGUCGCCCUGGCAUGCACGCCACCUUCCAGCGCACACUACCGAGCAACAUUGUCAGCUUCCACACGCGACAUACUCCAAACCCCAAGGGAAACAUGGCACCCAAUCACCGUCGCUCGCAGUCUUCUUAUUCUGGCCAUAUUCCUAGACUGCGGGCCGUCUCCCGUGUUUCACCAAACCAAGGUUCGCGCUCUCAAGGCCGUGCAGAGCUGCGUGGGCGACACCGACUUGUUGGGGUCGAUCGAGGGCAUAGAAUGCAUGUUUCUACUCGGCCAGUGCGAAAACAAAUCCGGGAACCUACGGCGUUCGUGGUUGUCAAACAAAAGGGCCAUGGCGUUGGCGCAAAUGAUGGGUCUUGACCGGUGCAGGAUGGGCAGGCCAGUCAAACAAAGCAUCAAGUUCGUCCAAGGCGACACUCGUGACCGCGUCGAUCUCGAAUACAUCUGGUUCCGCAUCGUCAUGGCGGACCGCUACCUCUGUCUCAUGCUCAAUCUACCACCAGGAACAGCCGACAACCGCUUCGCCUCCCCCGAGGCUCUAGCCGCCUGCAGUCCUGUCGAAAGACUCGAGCGUCUCGAUUGCGCCGCUGCAGGGCUGAUGCUCCAGCGCGAGAACUGCACAGAGUCCGUGGCCACCACCGUCGAGGUCGACAAGAUGCUGCAGCGGGCGGCGGCCUGCAUGCCCGCUCAGUGGUGGCUGAUGUCGACGCAAAAAGGCGAAGCCCUGUCGUAUCAAGAUCGCCUCAGUGUCAUGUAUCAAUUUACGCACUUUUACCUCCUCGGCCGAGCCCACUUGCCGUACCUGUUGAGCACCUCAACCGACGGCAGACAUAGCUGCAGCAAAAUCACCGCCGUGAAUGCAAGCAGGGAGGUGCUGUCCCGCUUCGUGGCCUUUGCCCCAGACGACGCUUCUCACCACUGUCACGGCACGGGUUUCCUGACGUUUAUCGCCAUCACGGCGCUGUGCGUCGCACACAUUGACGCCCGACGACGAGCGGCAGAACCGCUAGAGUUUCUUGCGCAUCAGCGGCCUGGCGACAGAGGCUUGAUGGAGCAGGCCCUCGAUAGAAUCAGGGUAUCUGAAAGACCGCCGGCCGUCAAAACGGUGGAGAUCCUCGAGAAGCUGCUCGCGAUCGAGGCAGACUCGGCCACAGGGACCAGCUACAGCGCCAACUCCAGCCCGCACUCGGACGAGGACGACGAAUGCGGCGCAAAGACCGGCGACGCCAUGGAUGGCAGACUGCUGCGCAUUCACGUUCCGUACCUCGGGACGGUCGAGAUACGAAGAGCGCAGGAUCUCGUGCCAGGGAUAGAAGCUGGCGAUAACACCAGCGGCGAAACACCCGCCGGGCUGAACUGGGCCCCAUGGUCGGACGCUACGUUGCUGGAUGGCGGCGACGGCACUGCGCACGACCCUCUACGGAACGUUCUCCCGAGCCUGGCGGCCGGAGUAGACGACUGGGCGAUGCAGGGAGUAGACAUGGCCUUGUUCGAUCGCCUCAUCCGUGGCGUCGAGGAGCCAGCCUCGCACGCCUCAUGGCUCCAUCUCCAGGACGGUUGA